AUGGCUCCUACUGCAAGAAUUGCCGCCGCUGUUCCUCUUGCCGUUGCAGGACCUAUUGUUGCUGGUCCAGUUCUCGCUGCUGGACCUUUGGGUAUUGGAAGAGGAUUGAUAGCCACGGUCCCUGCCAUUGAUACCGUAUCCCCCCAGAGAACCGCAAUUAAUCAUGUAGCCCCAGCUGCACCCGUAGUUGCUGUUGCUCCUCUUGGUUAUACUGCUCCAGUUGUCGGUGCCACCACUGCCGUUGCCGCCGUCUCCACCCAGAGAACUGCAAUCAACCAUGUUGCUCCUUCUUCACUCAUUGCCACAGCUACUUCUCUUAUAUAUGCUACUACAUCUGCACCCCUCGCUCUCGCCAACGGAAUCAUCGCUGGUAAUGGAAUCUUCUCCAAUGGUCUCGUCACUGGACAUGGUUUUGAUGCUCCCCUCGCCGUUGGAAACGGUCUCCUCAGUGCUUACUAUGGACUCGGUGUUGGAUAA